AUGAGCAGAAGCUUAGAUACUGAAAAAAUACGUGAUGACUUCGAGGCAAAAAAUCAUACUACGGAACUACAAGGUUCUUAUAGUGGAAGAAGCCUAAGCAGUUACUCUAAUACUACUCUAAGGAAUUACAUAAAGGUACACAAGGAAAUGGAAGAUACUACUAAGCUAAAUACAUCGAAAUUGGGUACUAAAGAGUAUUGGGACAAUUUCUACAAUUUAGAAAGGAAGAAUUUCGAAGAAAACUCGGAAGACACAGGAGAAUGUUGGUUUGAUGACAGCGAUGCAGAACGCAAGAUGGUUGCUUUCUUGACUGAGCAUAUAGGUGAAUAUAAAAUUCAGAAUGAUGCCUCGAUGCUUGAUUUAGGUACAGGUAAUGGACAUCUUUUAUUUGAACUGUAUGAAAAUGAAUUUAACGGGCCAAUGUUAGGGGUUGAUUAUUCAGAACAGAGUGUUGCUUUCGCCAGGGAAAUCGCCAAGAGUAAAGAUAUUGAAUCAACAAUAAAAUUUUCACAAGCUGAUAUUUUCGAAAAUGGAUGGAAUCCAGGUAAAUUUGAUAUUGUUCUCGAUAAAGGAACACUGGAUGCUAUUGCGCUAAGCGGUAUAAAAUUAGAAGAUGAUAAGACAGUAGUUGAUGUUUACGGAAGCAUUGUUGAAAACUUACUGGAAAAGGAUAGUAUCUUCCUAAUAACUUCCUGUAAUUUUACGCAGGAAGAACUAAUCAAGACUGUCGAAACAGAUAAGCUGAAGUGUUGGGAAACAAUUAAAUAUCCAGUUUUCCAAUUUGGUGGCGUGAAAGGUAGCAGCAUAUGUAGCGUCGCAUUUGUUAAACAAUAA